UAACAUUGUGAUGUAACGGCAAUAUAGGAUGUUUAAGUUGGGAAACGAUUAGAGGAAGAUGUUUGGAAACUUUUACUACUUUGUCCUGAAUGAAUAUGGGAAGUAUUGCAGCAUGUCAGAAUUCAGAUGUCCAAUGGACAGGCACAAAAUGUCUUAGUUAAAAUAAAAAAAAUGCCAAAAAAAUAUUUUGACAAAGCGAAGAGAUAUACGUUUUUAAUCCACAGUGAUAUAAAAACAAACGCGUGUGUUUGAUAAUUCUGCCUAUCGGCAGUUAUAAAGAUGCUUUUGGUUUCUAGUUCUUGUUUUUAAUAAUGUUUGUUGUAUUUGAAACUGGAGAUGUUGUAAUUCACCAGACUCGUUGCUUUAGAAUUCAGAAAACCGUCCCCUUUAGUUCGUGUUGCGUUUUUAUUCCACUUUGGCUUAUUCUGUACCGUGGGUUCAUCAAUAUGACAUCGCAGCUGUAAGCAGACAGGUCACAUUCUUCACAGCUGCUCCGUCCCCGCGGUUAAUGGCGCUGUUUCACACCGCUCACGUUCAGUUGAGAUGAACGUCGGGAGAGAGGAAGGACAUCUGAAUCUGACGGCUAUUGAUUUUUGGAACGUAGGCGAAAGGCACCUUCUCCAUUACUGAAGCGACACAUUCAUUAAGAGAGAAAAGGUUCAGUCUGUUUCGCACGCUGUCAGAUGUAAGCAGGUGUAGAUUACCUGGAGGAAACUUUGUUAGCGCUGCCAUUCGUCUCAGCGGCAGAUGCUUGGACGACACCCAGGUGUCAUACGCCAUUUCAAAUCUGAUAUCAUCUCUCUCUCUCUCUAUUCCCCCGAUUCUCAGACAUCAGAUAUAUUUGCAAUGAUAGAGCGAAUUCAGAGUUGUAGAAUGGAUGAACAGAGAUGCAUCCUCCCACCCCCUCUCAAAACGGAAGAAGACUACAUCCCCUAUCCCAGCGUCCAUGAGGUGUUGGGACGAACCGGGCCUUUACCGCUGAUUCUGCUGCCCCAAUUUGGUGGUUACUGGAUUGAGGGGACCAAUCACGAUUUAGGCUCCUCCUCUGCUCCGGAAGAACCGCCCCCGUGUCCUACAUCGCAGUGUACACUGGAGACAAACAGCAUAGCCAAGAUCUACAGGAAGGACUUUUUGGGAAAGGAGCACUUCAAUUAUUACUCGGUGGACAGCGUCUUGGGCCACCUGGUCUUCUCUGUCAAAUAUGAUGUGAUUGGAGACCAGGAGCAUCUUCGACUGUUGCUCAGGUCAAAGUUUAAAACCCACCAUGAUGUGAUACCCAUUUCAUGUCUGACCGAGUUCCCCAAUGUGAUCCAGAUGGCAAAGCUUAUCUGUGAAGAGGUGAAUGUGGACAGAUUUUACCCCGUCUUAUACCCAAAGGCGUCUAGACUCAUCGUGACCUUUGAUGAGCAUGUCAUCAGUAACAAUUUCAAGUUUGGAGUCGUUUACCAGAAAUUUGCCCAGUCUACAGAGGAGGAAUUAUUUGAGAACAGUGAGGAAAGUCCGGCCUUUGUUGAGUUUUUAGAGUUCUUAGGAGAGAAGAUUGAACUUCAUGACUUCAAAGGUUUUCGUGGUGGUCUGGAUGUGACACACGGCCAAACGGGAACCGAAUCGGUCUACUGCAACUUCCACAACAUAGAGAUCAUGUUCCACGUGUCCACUAAACUGCCGUACACGGAAGGAGAUCCUCAGCAGCUCCAGCGGAAAAGGCACAUAGGAAAUGACAUCGUGGCUAUAGUUUUUCAAGAGGAAAACACACCGUUUGUACCAGAUAUGAUCGCGUCCAACUUUCUGCACGCUUACGUGGUGGUUCAAGUGGAGAACGCCUGCACGGAUAAUGUCCUGUAUAAGGUGUCUGUGACAGCGAGAGAUGAUGUGCCUUUCUUUGGACCAACUCUCCCAGAGCCUGCCAUCUUUAGAAAGACUCCUGAGUUUCACGAGUUCCUCUUGACCAAACUGAUCAAUGCUGAAUAUUCCUGCUACAAAGCUGAAAAGUUUGCCAAGUUGGAGGAGAGAACCCGUUCUGCUCUUAUGGAGACUUUAUAUGAGGAGCUUCAUGUUAACAGUCAGUCUAUGAUGGGUCUGUGUGGAGAUGAUGAUAAACUGGAGAAUGGAGGAGGAGGCGGAGGAGGAUUCUUCGAAACUUUUAAGCGCGUGAUCCGCAGUAGAAGUCAGUCGAUGGAUGCGAUGGGCCUCAGUAACAAGAAGCCACACACUGUCUCCACAAGCCACAGCGGGAGUUUUACACACAACCCUCCAGAAACCCCCAAAACAGCCGGCAUUUCUUUGAUCAUUCCUGGAAAAAGCCCAACCCGGAAGAAAUCUGGCCCGUUCACCUCCAGGAGGAGCAGCGCGAUUGGGAUCGAGAACAUACAGGAGGUUCAGGAGAGAAGCAGAGAGGUGUCUCCCAUUCCACAGAGAUCUGACUGCAGCUUCACUCAAGAACUCCGAUUAGACACCUCCUCCAAUCACAGCUCACCCGAGAUGCCCACCACCAAGUUCGGUUCUGCACUGUGCUGCCGAGCUCCUUCCAUCCCCGAGUCUCAGGACCUCUCUCGCUCCUCGUCCAACGCCAGCAGCUUCACCAGCGUGGUGGAGGAGAACGAGCACCAACUUGAAGCGGCGGAAGAGUACGACACCGGACCGGAGAGCCUGUCGUCGGCCGGGACGCCGCAUAAGCGAGAUUCAUUUCCGUACAGCGCUGUGUGGCUGGAGGACAGCUCCGCUCCUACAAACCAGAGCAGCUCACAUGGUCCCCAUCGACAGCAGUCUGAACCCCGUCCCAAAACAGAGAGACAACACUCGAAUUGCUAGCCGUCCAGCAGGCGUUAGAUGACUUUACUGAUGUCCAUCAGCAGCGUUUUCAUAAGCAGGCCUCCUGCAGCGGAAACUCGGUGCGCUCACGGGAGUUCUUAUAGACACUGAAUGCGGAGUUGUUCGAGCCGGGCAGGUGUGGAUCAGAAUAUCAGCACACUAUUAAGGGCACAACCCUUUAUUCUCUAUCAUAUGGCUGUCGGCCUAUAGGCCACAUGACAAACCUGCCGAACACGACUGUCAGACAUCCACGACAAUAGUUCACAGUAGAGAAGAUCUCUGUCUGCUGUCACUUCUGGAAAACAUCAAUGCUUUUAUCAUCAACUUCUUCCUUUCUCUGGCCCUCAUUCUGUUUACUGUCAUUUUUUAUUCUUUCUAUUUAUUUAUUUAUUGAAGUUCUCUGUGGGAGUAGAUCUUUUGGGGACAUCUGUAUCUCUCGAAAUGUUAAGGUUGGUCCUAAACCCAUCACCCUUGUGAACUCCUUCUCAACCUGACCGUGUCGUUUUGUUUCCGAAAUUGUUUUUGUUGCCUUUUGUGUUGUUCUCUGUCUGUGAUGAAUAAUGAUGUCGUUAUUGAUAAAUGUUAAAUGUGGUCUGUAGCCGAUGAUCUUUCUGGUGAUUUCAAACCCCAUCCGGACACAAAGCUCACAAAGCUUUAGCUAUUAGCAUACACGACAAAAUGAAUAGAUCAGGAGUGAGAUGACGGAUCCUCUUAAAUAUUAUUAAUUGUGUUGCAAGAGUAGCCGUUAUGUUCUUUCUGAUGGAGAUAUUUUGUACGACCAAACAUACACUAAUGUAAAGGCUCUUUAGUGCUCUUCAAAGAUAAAAACCCGAGUGCGCUGUGCGGAUUACUGACAAAUGAAGCUUAUUCAAAAGUGUCGUGAAAGUUUGUGACAGUGAGCAAUAUGAAUGUAAAACUGUUGAAUUGCACACAUGUAUACUGGGUUCCCACAGCAUUUCAACAAGGAAUUUUGUUAAUAACAUUGCGGUUAUUGAGAUUGCUGGACUGAAUUAACCAUUUGGAUUUUCGAUACAAUAUUCAAUAUAGUACGUUUUUGACUUGUAAGAUGUUUAGUUACAAUUCCUUUUCCAGACCUGGAUAUCACACAUUUAAAGGGAUAGUUCACCCAAAAAUGAUAUUCCUGUCAUCAUUUACUCACUCUCAGAUUGUUCCAAACCUGUAUACAUUUCUUAGUUCUGCUAAACACGAGGAAAGAUAUUUGGAAGCAUGUCAGUAGCCAAACAGAUCUCAUCAUUCAUUGCCUCCCAUAGUAUUUAUUUUCCCUACUUUGGCUUCUGUUUGGUUACUGACAUUCUUCCAAAUAUCUUCCAAAGAAAUGUAUACAGAUUUGGAGCGCGAGUAAAUUAUGACAGAAUUUUCAUUUUGGGGUGAACUAUCCCUUUAAGCUUUGCGUGACUGUGGGAACCCUGCACACAUUUGAUAUCAUAUCUUGCUCUCUUACUUUACACGUUCACAUUUUGAAUAAAUCUCUUUUUUUGUCAUAUAAAAACUGCUUAUUUCAGAUCACGUCAUCUUUUUAAAGCUAUUACGAUUUAUUUUUUACACAGUACUCUUAGUUUCAAGACUUUCAUGUUCAAUAAUGCUUGUGUCAAAAAUGACGGUACGGUGUUUGUUCCAAAAAGAAUUAAACUGGAUUUUUAAACUGGAAAUUCUGCCUCAAAACCAGUGAUUUUAAAUGUUCUGCAGAAGUGAACACUUGUAAAACGAAAAAGAAUUAAGUGUGGCUAAAUACCAUCCUCUCAUCGGGAUGUGCUCGUGCCCUCUUAUCCUUUUCACUUGUAAUUACUGCGAUUGCACGCACGACACGCAUUUAAGCACAAACUCAUUUCAAGCCGUCUGCUUACUGCUGGUGAUUGUGUUCUUUUACAACAAGUGCUUACUGUACUUUAAGAAAUGUUUCCCUGUAUAUACAACAUGUUCUUCUUUUUGUAAUCCAAAAGUGAUCAAUGAUGUUUAAUAAAGAUCAGAGGGUUAGUGGAA